CCCAUAGGCUGGUAUAAAGCGCCAUGACCCCCAGGCAGUAUGCAGGGCUGGCAGGCAUCAGUGACAGGGCUUUCCACAGCCAUGGCCCAGCGGUGGGACCCCCAAAGGCUUGCAGGUGGGCAGCCGCAAGACAGCCAUGAGGACAGCACCCAGUCGAGCAUCUUCACCUAUACCAACAGCAACGCCACCAGAGGCCCCUUUGAAGGCCCCAAUUACCACAUUGCUCCCAGAUGGGUGUACCACAUUACCAGCACCUGGAUGAUCAUUGUGGUUAUCGCAUCCGUCUUCACUAAUGGGCUUGUGCUGGUGGCCACCAUGAAGUUCAAGAAGCUGCGCCACCCUCUGAACUGGAUCCUGGUGAACUUGGCAAUCGCUGACCUAGCAGAAACCGUCAUUGCCAGCACCAUCAGUGUUGUGAACCAGUUCUUCGGCUACUUCGUACUGGGCCACCCUCUGUGUGUUGUGGAGGGCUACACUGUCUCCGUGUGUGGGAUCACAGGCCUCUGGUCCCUGGCCAUCAUUUCCUGGGAGAGGUGGCUGGUGGUCUGCAAGCCCUUUGGCAAUGUGAGAUUUGAUGCCAAGCUGGCUAUUGUGGGCAUUGCCUUUUCCUGGAUCUGGUCUGCUGUGUGGACAGCCCCACCCAUCUUUGGUUGGAGCAGGUACUGGCCCUAUGGCCUGAAGACAUCCUGUGGCCCAGACGUGUUCAGUGGCAACUCAUACCCUGGGGUGCAGUCUUACAUGAUGGUCCUCAUGGUCACCUGCUGCAUCAUCCCACUCAGCAUCAUCAUUCUCUGCUACCUCCAAGUGUGGCUGGCCAUCCGAGCAGUGGCGAAGCAGCAGAAAGAAUCCGAGUCCACCCAGAAGGCUGAGAAGGAAGUGACACGCAUGGUGGUGGUGAUGGUCCUUGCAUACUGUCUCUGCUGGGGGCCCUACGCCUCCUUUGCAUGCUUUGCUACUGCCAACCCUGGCUAUGCCUUCCACCCUCUGGUGGCCGCCGUACCAGCCUACUUUGCCAAAAGUGCCACUAUCUACAAUCCUGUUAUCUACGUCUUUAUGAACAGGCAGUUUAGAAACUGUAUCUUGCAGCUUUUUGGAAAGAAGGUUGAUGAUACCUCUGAACUCUCCAGCGCCUCCAGAACAGAGGCUUCAUCUGUCUCUUCAGUGUCUCCUGCAUGAAGUCAGCUUCCUACCUGUCCCACCCACUGUGGCUUUGGCCAUGUCUCCCCUUCUUCUCCAUCCCUGUGAAAUAAAUAUAAUUUCUCUUUGCCAAAA